AUGGCGGCUAUUGCUAGUCUCCAAGCAAUCCAUCUCAAACUCGGGAGACGUGGCAGCAUCCGAUGCGGGAUCGCUGAGCCGAGCGGAGAGCCAGCUCCUAUAGGGCAGAAGACUAGAUACAACGAUGGCUUAGCUGAGAGAGUGUUCAUGGGGCUGUUCGCGAGGAAGAUGGACAAGUUUGGUGGCUCAAAGAAGAAGAUUGAGAUGAAGGAGAAAGAGUUUUGGGAAUAUGACUACGAGAGCUUCGUUGCGGUUUCAAAGAGAGUGAUGCAAGGACGAUCAAGGACACAGCAGCAAGAGGUUGUGAGAGAGGUUCUUCUCUCCAUGCUACCACCUGGCGCUCCUGAGCAGUUUAGAAAACUGUUCCCACCGACGAAAUGGGCUGCAGAGUUCAAUGCAGCUCUCACAGUGCCUUUCUUUCACUGGUUGGUUGGUCCUUCUCAGGUCAUAGAAGUGGAAGUGAAUGGGGUGAAACAGAGAAGUGGCGUUCGUAUAAAGAAAUGCAGGUAUCUGGAGAACAGUGGGUGUGUAGGAAUGUGUGUGAAUAUGUGUAAGAUCCCAACACAAGAUUUCUUCACCAAUGAGUUUGGUCUUCCACUCACCAUGAACCCAAAUUUUGAAGAUAUGAGUUGCGAGAUGAUAUAUGGGCAAGUGCCUCCUGCCUUUGAGGAAGAUCCAGCCACCAAACAGCCUUGUUUAGCAGACAUAUGUUCUAUAGCCAAUCCGAGCUCCCCAAUCUGCCCUAAAUUACAGCCAUGA